AUGGAGAGCUGCUCUUCAGCUUUGUCAAGGGCAUUCCUUCCAGGUGCCUCCCACCGCCGAAGGAGCCCCGCGGCGCUACCAAGGGGGUUCUACCGAAACCGGUUCUCUUCUCUCUUGUCGUUCACCGAGGAAUCCUACGCGCCUCCCGCCCUUUCCGACGUCGCAAGCACGAAGGAGACGAAGGGACGACCGUGGAGCUGGUUCCUUUGCGAUAUCCUGGGGGACGCCGUCGACAAUCACUUUACUCGUUUCCCGCUCCACCCGUCAGUCGAUCCCGCGCUGGUUCUAGUCGGAAACUUCGCCCCCGUGGACGAGCUGCCGCCCACCCCCUGUCGCAUCGUCAAAGGGAGCAUCCCCGGGUGCCUCCGCGGAGGCGCUUACAUCCGCAAUGGUCCCAAUCCAAGGCAGUAUCCCUUCGGUCCGUACCAUCUCUUCGACGGCGACGGAAUGCUCCACUCUCUCCUCCUUCCUCGAAAUGGCACCGACAGAUCCCACGCGGUUCUUUGCAGCCGUUACUGCAGAACCAGCGCCCCGGUGAUCUCCAAAACAUUCGGUCUUCGGGGUCUCGGUGGCGUCGCCAGGGUCGUUAUAGCAUUGAUUAAAAUUCUCGCCGGGCAGAUGGACCCGAUUGAGGGCAUGGGUCCGGCCAACACCAGCGUCUCCUUCUUCUGGGACAACAUCUUCGUGCUCGGCGAGACCGACCAACCCUUUACCGUCUACCUGUCGCCCGAGGACGGCGACCUGCUGUCGACAGAGCGGAGGGACCUCGGCGGGAAGCUGGUGAAAGGCGGGUCGGUCCACCAUAAGCAGGACCCGGUCACAGGCGAGCUCUUCGCCGUAAACUACAGCCUCGUCCCCCCUUUUCUUACCUACUACUGCUUCGACAGUAGCGGGAACGAGAAGUUGGAGGUGCCCAUCGCCUCCGUCCUGCAACCGUCCAUCUUCCACGACUUCGCCGUCACAAAACACUACGCCAUCUUCCCGGAGACGCAACUGGUGAUGGACCCACUGGGCAUGGCCUUUUGUGAUGGCUCCUUCAUCCGUUGCGACACAAGGAAGACCUCCAGGGUGGGAGUGUUGUCCCGAUACGCCGCGUCGGGAUCGGAAAUCACGUGGUUCGACGUUCCUGGGUUCAACCCGCUGCACAUAUGUAACGCAUGGGAGGAGGGCGACGACGGCGGAGUGGUAGUGCUGGUGGGUUCCAGCUCCGUCAACCUACAGCACUUUGUGGAGAGGAUGGAGCUUGUUGAUGGCCACAUUGAGAUGGUGCGGAUUGACCUCAAGACGAGUAUCGUCUCCCGGACUCUACUUUCUGUGAUGAGCCUCGGCUUCGGCGGGGUCAAUCCGACCUACCAGGGAAGGAAGAGCCGCUACGCCUACGCGGCCAUCGCUGGUUGCACCCCGAAGAUCCGGGGCGUCGCAAAGCUCGACCUGGAGCUGGCGGCGCAGAAGAGGGACUGCGUGGUGGUCAGGAGGGAGUUCGGACCAGGUUGCUACUGCGGGGAGCCAUUCUUCGUCCCCAAGGGGGAGGGGAAAGACCUUGACGAGGAUGACGGGUACCUGCUGACGUUCGUCCACGACGAGAACGAGGAGAAGUCGAAGUUCGUGGUGAUGGACGCCAAGUCGACGGAGCUGGAGGUGAUCGCGGAAGUAGAGCUUCCGCGGCGCGUUCCGUAUGGCUUUCAUGGGGUGUUCGUGAGCCAGAGCGAUCUCAAACGCCAACGGAGACACAAAGGGCUCGACUGA